GAUAGGCAUGACUUACUAUUACGCGUAGUAUUUGGCCUCAUGUGAAGGCUGAAUAAGUCCCUUCUACAGUGUUGGUAACUGAUUUAUGAAAACAGAAAUUGUUUUCUUCCGUUCUUACUUCUUUUUUUAACUUUUUAUUUUAAAGUAAACUGUGUGCAUCAGUUAAACUUAAUUUUUUCUCGUCAGAAGAUGGCAUCACGUUCUUCGAUUUCUAUAGACUGCAUGAUUUCGAUUAGUUAAAAACAUUUAUGAAGCAAGAAAAGUUUUGAUUGCCCUUCGAUUUCAUUGCAUUAUGCCUUAUAUAUUAGACUAAUCAUUUUGUUGUCUUAUACUCUUUUAUUUAUGACCAGUCUCUUUUAUUUAUCUUUCCUGACAAACCUACUUUAAAAGUUAUAUUUUCCAGAACUCGAUAUUUAUGCUAACUUCCCAUGGACUUUUUUCGCAUAAGUAUAGCAAGGUUUAUUUUCAGCGACCAAAAUCUGGAUGUUAUUCGUGCGAUAUGUGCUGAAGGAAUUGAUCUGAAUCUCCAGUCUGAUUUUGGUAUGACGCUCUUUCACGAUGCAGUUAAUAUUCCUGAUGACAAUAUUGGAAUCGUACAGGAAUUUAUUCACGCUGGUGCUGAUGUAAAUAUUAGCACAUUCCUGGAUUUAACACCUUUGCAUUUUGCAGUGUUUCACCGAAAACGUAGAGUUGUAGAUGCAUUGAUUCAUUCAGGAGCUUUUGUGAAUGCCCAGACAUUUCUCGGGACCACAUCUUUGCAUAUUGCUGUCUCAAAAUCGAUAUUUUUCUGUCCGCCGAUUGAAAAUGUAAGUUUACCGGAUAUCUGGAUCAUUAAUAAACUUUUAAGCCAUGAGGACAUUGACUGCAAUCUAGUGGAUUCAAAUGGUGACUCGUCUUUGAUGGUAGCUGUGAAGGAGCAGCAAACGGAGGCCGUGGUAAAGUUGCUGCACCAUAACGCAGAUCCGAAUAUACCUAAUAAAGAUGGGGUAACUCCUCUACAUGUGGCAUUUACUCAGCUGUCAAGUCACAUAGAACUUCAGCUCCUGAUCGCCGGAGCCAAUAUCUAUUCUGUGGAUAAAAUGGGACAAACGCCAAUGGAUAUUCUUAUAAAUUAUGGCCUGGAUUUUCGAUCGAAUGAAUGGGUAAUGCUCAUAAUAAAUAUCAUUGCAUUUAAAUAUAACAUUACAAACGAUCUUAAGCAAAAACUAGAAUACAAUCCCCAUUUAUUGCAGUUUUUAAAUAAGUGUAUCGACGAAGUAGAUCAAAUGAAAAAUGAUUUUGUUUCGGGCAGUAUAACAAUGCAUGAUUUCAUUUGGAAUUGCUUUAAUGAAGAUGAAUUUCUUCUAUUAGAAAUUCACAAAGCAGUUGUCGAUAGAUUAGUAAAAGAUAUUUAUAUUGAGUACUUUAUAGCAAUCUUAGAUCUGAUACCAGAGUCAAGUUUGAUCGAUUUAUUGGAAAUAACUGCCAAUUCUAAAAAGCAUACGAAAGGGAAUAAGAUGAGUGAUCUCGCAAAUAUAUUUACGAAAUUCGAUAUUAUUCUUUUAAUUUCAGAUUAUUUAUCGAAAGUUGAAAUUUUCUGUUUAAUUGUCGCAUUUUCGAAUGUGAAAAUUGCCGAUUCAUUGAAGAAUGUGUAUGAGCGCGAAUUCUCUUAUUUCUUUGACAUGAAUUGGGAAAAUGAAUGAUUUUUUAAAACUACUAAAAAAAUGGCGAAAUCAAUAAUUUUUAAUUUCAUUGUAUUUGUAAAAAAAAUUUAAAUUACAAUGGUAGAUCUAUGAUGUAUACAUAUACAUCAUUUCCUUAUUUACUCUAUUUUAAAUACUUUUGCAGUUAUAUAAACAAAUUGUAAUCAUAAAAUUGAUAACUGAUUUUGUAAUCAAAAACAAUCAUAAAACUG